UAGGUGACAACCAACGCCUCUAGUGGUAGUAAUUCACCGCAUCGUUUAGCUUCGGAGUCGCGCGAAUUCUUACAUUAUUCUCGAAGAGGAAGGGAAAUUAUUUCUCUUUUGUCAUGGAAUCGAUAGAGUUGACGCAGCACUUGAAGAAGAUCAAAAUUCCGCAGUCUGGCGACAAAAUAUACAAGGAUGAGUGCGUUUACUCCUUCGAUACACCAGACUCGCCUUCGGGUCUCUAUGUUAGUCUCACAUCCUUUUACGGCCUGGGCCAGGACCAUCUUAUGCGGUACUAUACUCAGACUCAUGAUCCUGUGUAUCUUCACAUUAAACGCACCAAAAAAGAGAUUCCAUCUGAUCAACAAGGAGAUGGUCCUGAAAAAAAGAUCACGCGGCUGGCAAUAGGAACAGUCGGUGGAUUCAUGCCUGAUCAACAAAAAUAUACUUAUGAAGAGGCCUAUCAGAUUGUCAUUUUACCAAAUUUUGUAAAGAUUGAUUAUCCUGAAGGCAAUUUGCCUCAUAAGGUGGAACAAGCAGUGGAAGCUAUAUUACACAUGGAGGGAGCAUGGGCAGCAGCACAGAUAGCACAUACAUGGGACGGAGAAGUUAGAGCGAAGUCGAAACAUGCUGCAAAUCUGAAGCAGCUGGACAAUGGCAAAAAGAUACCACCGAGCGGUUGGAAGUGUGAAAAGUGCGACCUCACACAGAAUCUCUGGCUAAAUCUGACUGAUGGCAGUAUACUUUGUGGUCGUAAGUUUUAUGACGGAAGCGGCGGCAAUGGCCACGCAAUGGAGCACUAUCGCACAACUAACUAUCCUUUGGCGGUGAAGCUGGGCACGAUCACUAAAGGUGGUAAAGCCGACGUGUACUCGUAUGAUGAGGAUGACAUGGUGGACGAUCCAAACUUAGCAAUUCAUCUGUCGCAUUGGGGCAUCAACAUCUCACAGAUGGAGAAAACGGAGAAGUCGAUGAUCGAGCUGGAACUGGAUCUAAAUCAAAAGUUUGGCGAAUGGGUGUCCCUCCAAGAAGCCGGCAGUAAAUUGACACCGUUAUACGGUCCCGGCUACACCGGCCUGACUAAUUUGGGAAAUUCCUGUUACCUGAAUAGCGUCAUACAAACAUUAUUCAUUGUUCCGGAUUUUAUUAAUAAAUAUGUCGACAAGGCGCCCGAGAUAUUUCAAAACAAUUACUACGAUGCACCGUUGAAUGUUAACGUUCAAAUGGCAAAAUUGGGAGUUGGUUUGCUCUCCGGCAAGUACUCCGAGCAGCCGAGCAAAUCUGGUACAGACGACGAGUCGCGGCAAGGUAUUCCCCCAAGGAUGUUUAAGGUCCUGAUCGGUCGCGAGCAUCCUGGUUUUUUCUCGAAUCGGCAACAAGACGCUCAGGAAUUUCUCCUUUACCUCAUUAACUUACUCAAUCGCAACAGUCGGCACGAGGUAUGCCCAACAGAAUGCUUCAAAUUUAAAGUGGAGGAAAGAUAUCAAUGUGGCAAAUCUAAAAAAGUUAAGUACACUUAUCGGCCGGAAUACAUUCUGCCGCUGCCAAUACCGCUGGAGGCUGCAGUGAACAAGGAUGAAGUGGCUGCUUAUGAGGCUCAGAAGAAGGAAGCCGAAGAGAAAGGACAGAAGCUAGAUUCCAAUACUCUUGUGAGACCCCGUAUAAAAUUGUCGUCAUGUCUGGACAGUUUCAUUCGUUUGGAAAUUGUGGAACAGUUUUAUAGUUCAGCGUUGAACGCGAAAACAACGGCAUUUAAAGUGACGAGACUGGCCAGUUUCCCGGAUUAUUUGCUGAUUUACUUGAAAAAAUUCACAGUUAAGGAAGAUUGGACGCCCAUCAAAUUGGAUGUGGCAGUAGAGAUGCCGGAUACGGUGGAGUUGAACUUUCUGCGCGGAAACGGUCUGCAGCCCGACGAGAAAUUACUGCCGGACGGCGCACCGCCGCCGCCACCGGUUUACGACGCGGUUCUUCUGAAUGAACUGACGGACAUCGGCUUCCCGCUGAACGCUUGCAAGCGUGCCUUGUACUUCACAGAAAACAGCAACAUCGAGGCUGCAACGGACUGGUUGAUGGAGCACAUUUCGGAUUUCGACUACAACGAGCCGUUUAUACCACCAGGAGUUGAUAUUAAGCCAAGCGACGAUAAGUUUGAAGCGGAUCAAGCUGCUUUGGAAAUGGUAAUGGCCAUGGGCUUUACACGGGAGCAAGCAACGAAAGCGCUCAAGGCGACUAACAAUAAUUUAGAGCGUGCGGCUGAUUGGAUUUUCAGUCAUCAGGCAGAACUUGAUGCCCAGGAAGUAGAUCCUACGGAUGGGACUCGGAUAGGAACGAAUACCCCGGCUGAAGAAACAUUCAAAGACGGAAGCAGUCGAUAUAAACUAGUGGGCUUUAUAUCGCAUAUGGGUACAUCGACGAUGGUAGGCCAUUACGUUUGUCACUUACUCAAGGAAGAUCGAUGGGUGAUAUUUAAUGAUGAAAAAGUCGCUUUGUCGGAAAAUCCACCGAAAGAAUUGGGAUACAUAUACAUGUACCAACGAAUCAAUAAUUAAUAUAUACUGUUUUGUAUAAAGAUGUUCAAUAAUAAAAUACGAUGCAAAUGCUCUUCAUAUUAUGUGUAUAUAAUACAUGCAACAAACGUGCGCCAAAACAAUAUGUCGAAUAAUAUGAUCAACUUAUUUACGAUACCAGGGAUGCAGUGAGGACACAGCAUACAAUGUGAAACUUUCACUUUAUUUUCUAACAAUGGCACAAUUCUCAACAUGUUCUAAAAUGCUUUGCAGUUAUAAUUAUCAAUUGAAAUAUUCUUUUCUUUCUUAUAAUUGUUUUUCUAUAAAUAUAAAUUCAAAAAAGCAGACUUUUAUUUUUAACAAACGGUUUAUAAAUGCAUAUACAUAGUCUCUCGGAAUCUAUGGCAAUGUACAAUCUUUCGCGUGUUAAUCGAUUUAACAUCGAAAUAAUCGUGAAAUAAUACAUAUAUUUUGAUUAAUACAUAUCUUUUGAUCCUACAUAUAUAUUUUUCUCUGCAUAAAGUCUCUCUUAGCCUAAGUACAUGGAAAGAUCCAAAAUUUUCUUUGGAGACGGAUUCAUUUAAUACUUUAUGUUUUGUGUCAAGUUAACAGGCACUAUAACAGGCUCCAGGAGUGCACUUGUAUUUAUCGAACUGCUUAUGAUAUAUAUUUAUGUAUUUAUAUGUGUAAAAAGCUUUGAAAAAAAUAUUUCGAUCUAACAGUAAGUAGAAGGCCACCAGCUUAGAGCAGUUAGAAUAAUAGAGAAAUAGCAUUUUUCUUUGCGGAAGAGGAGAGAAAUUCGAUGAUUUUCCAAAAAUUUAUAAAUUAUUUUAUAAAUUAUAUAUAUUCACUAUUCGCGUGUGCUAUUCGCAA